CAGCUUUUUUUUUUUUUUUUUUUUUUUUUUUUUCAUUUUCAGAUAAUAUGUUAACAUUUUACAACAAAAUGGGAGGUUUCCACCAAUCGGACGUGGCUAUAGUUACAUGAAGUCUUCUGAUUGGUUGAUCUUCAAAGAGUUGGAGGUCAACGCGUGUAGAAGUCGGGCGCAUGUGUGCGGCCAAGAAGACAGGGUCUGCUGCUCCCGGGACGGAGCUGUGUCCAUUUUGUGGAAAGCCAUUCAAGAGGCUCAAGUCCCACUUACCUCACUGCAAAAUGGCGGCAGUUGCCAGGGUAACAGCAGGCUCCAGUGGGGUACCACUGUCUGAGAGCUCUACAGUUCAAGGGAGCUUGAAAGCAGGCACAAAACAACAAGCAGCUGCUAAAAAGAAAGAAAAAAACAGACAAUUAAAUCUCCAAGAGCCUUCAACCAUUCUGAAAAGCAAGAAAGCAAAAAGGCAGGACAUCUCCACGCUCCAGACUUCACAAAUUCCAGCUCCUAAAGUAAAGCCAGAGAAAACCGAGGCAGGGGAUAAAGUCAGCAAAGCAGGGCUUCAGAAAAUGUGGAGUCAAGAGCUUAAAAAGCAACAGAGCAGCAAAGAGCAGACCAGUAUGAGAUCAUCCUCAUCACUCAAAGACAAGAAAACCAUCCCUGCGCUGCCAACGGCACAAGGAGAUGUUCAAGUCACACACAAAACACCUGCUGACACACCUUUAUUGAACCUUAAACAAACUGCUGUUCAAACAAAGGUGGAUAAGCAUGUCUUUGAACAAGUAAUGCAAAACCAGGCUGUUCCUAAACUUGGAAGCAAGCAAACCACAUCAAAACUGCAGGCUUUGGAAUUACCAUCUCUUCAGGGUUCAGAAUCCCCCAGUGCUGAUUCUGUAGCAAGGAAGAGUUUGGCAGAUCAGGCCAGAGUGCAUUCCGUUUUCCCCGGGAAGAGUGUGCUGGAAGUUAAAACAAGCGAAAGCAGAAGCAAAACUAGUGUUUGGGACCAUACCAAGUACGCUUUGAUGGGCAACAAAAAUACUGCUGGAUUGUACCAACAGCAGACUACAUCUAGGGGACAGAAUGUGUUACUGGAUCACAGUAGGGACAGCAAGCAGUUUACGAAAACCAACGUAUGGGAUCACAUCAGGGAGAACUUUUGCAGCAGGAAUUAUGAUCUUGUCUCCAGGAAGGGCAAUGCAGGGACCAGUGAAAGAGCCAUCCCAGUACUCUCCCAGUCCCUCAGCAAAGCAGCUGGCUCAGAUUUAACAGCCAGAGGUUUGGAGUGGCUCCCAGAACUCUACUCUGGGUACCAGGGAAUAGGAUUCUCCAUGCUGCCAGUGAAACCCUCCCCCUGGCAUGUAGACAGGCCAUGCCUGCCUGCACAGGAUGCCAGACAAGUUCCUCUUGCAGAGAGACGGUUGAUGGAGGUGAAACUGGGGGAGCUACCCGCUUGGCUGGGGUCUCGGGAUCUGCAGCCCACGACAGGACUGGCAGCGGUGCACAGAGGAUGGCAGAGGUAUUACAGCAAGUAUAUAGAUGUGAAGAAGGGUGGAGCUGGGGGCGUGGCAAUGCUGCUGGCUGCAUACUGUGUGCUGAGCUACAGCUGGAACUACCAGUACCUCAAGCAGGAUCGCUGGAGGAAGUACCAUUGAAGGGCUGGCUAUUCUGGCCUGCCACUCAGACUGAGAGCAGCUCUCCAAAA